AUGGCGACCGCAGGGUCCGCAGGGUCCGCCGCUCCGCCCGGCAGACCGGCCAGCGCCGCCGGGAGGGCCGUGCCCGCGGACCGGUCCGGCUCCCGGUCAGGCUCCCGGUCCGGAGCCGCCUGCAGCCCGCGGGAGGACGAGGGGAGGCGGUGCGCGGAGCCCGGAGCCCCGCCGGCCUGCCCGCUGUGCCGGAGCUCCGGCAGCGAGGAGCGGGUCCGCAGGAGGAGCGAGGCCGAGAGGAGCAGCAGCAGGCCGGGCAGGAGGGACGGAGACUCCCGGAGAGAAGUGUUCGUUUGUCCCGCCGUCGUCCUGAAGUCUGCAGACACCAAACACAAACUGCUGGGUGAAGAUGAUCUGAGGAGGAGAAACUUCCACAUCUGUAAAGACGAGUCAGCGUCAGUCCGCCAUGAUGAAGAUCCUGGGGUGGUGUCUGAUUCAGAGAAUGAGGAGCCAAUCAGCAGGAGGAUCAGAAACGUCUCCGCCUUCGUCAGGAAAACUAAAAACUCGUCAACCGCCAGUGGUGCUCAGAGGAGUCGCAGCUGUACGGACCCGGUGGAGGACGGAGGGAAGAUGAAGACGUUCCCACAGCCGGCGGCCAUCAUGGACAGAGUAUGUGUGGGCCACAGCUCCUCAGCAGGAAUCCUUCUCUCCUCUGAGAACAGUCGGUCGGUCUCGGCUCCCGUCGCCGCCGACCGCCGCCUCCCGUGGCGCGCGGUGAUGACAUCAUCGUGGUCGACGCCGCUCGGCCCGGAGCGCUCCGUCAGCCCCGAGAGCAACGACAGCAUCUCGGAGGAGCUCAACCACUUCAAGCCCAUCGUGUGCUCGCCGUGCACGCCCCCCAAACGGCUGCCGGACGGCCGCCUGCUGGAGCCCACCAUCGUCAAGUCCACGCCAAGGAACCUGACGCGCGGUCUGCAGAAGGCCACCAGCUACGAGGCGAGUCCCGCCGUGCUGCAGAAGUGGCGUCAGAUCGAGCUGGACCGCCAGAGCCUCAAAGUGAACUCCAAAGCCACGCUGACGAGUCCGGUCCCUGAGAUGCAGCCGAGCGCCGCCGGAGACGCCGUCGCCUCCGCCAACAAGAGGAAGCUGCUGUUCGACCCGCCGCCGGGAGACUCGGACGCCUUCCAGAAACAGUCUGUAAAGAUCCGGGUCCCGGCAAUCCGCUACGGCGAGGCGGCCUUCAGGGGGGGAGCGGACUUCGAGGCGUCGGGCGCUCCGGAGCCGUGCGGCGGAGCGCUGUUCAGCCGCAAACGUUCCUUCUCUCCCUACACCAAGAACUCCGGCUUCCAGGCCUGUAAGUUAAUGCCGAAGGACUCGCAGGGUCCCAGGAAGGAGUCCGAGCACCAGUCUACCUCCCGGAGGGGUCCGAAGAGGAACCAGAAGACCAAACACGUGGACUCGGACCGAGACCAGGACCCGAGGCGGGGCCAGAUCCAGCAGGACCGAGCGCUGGCCCUGAAGCUGCAGAGACAGUUCGACCUGGAGAACCAGACCGGCCGCAGGAGGAGCCCCGAUAAGUACUUCCUGCGGUCCUGGAUGUCCAAUCAGAACCGCAGGAGGCGGGGCCUGCGGAGAUCCCGACGAAUCAACAAGAAGCACUAACGAGGAGUCGGACAGGAAGUUCAUUUAUGCAAAGUUAUAAAAUAAAGGUCUGAAUGUUCGUACCUGACCUGGACCUGUUCUCACCAGCAGACCAAAACCAGCAGCUGUCGAUUAAAGGCUUUUAUUCUGAAAUUUGCACCAUGUGAUUAAAAUAUAAACAUUUAUUAUCUUUAUAUUUGUUCUCAGGUGCAGAUUUCAGAAUAAAAGUGUUGAAUUCAUCAGAAAUUGAUUAACUCACUGAGCUGAUCAGCUGAAGACUUUUAUUCUGACAUGUUGAAGAUAAGUUACUUUAUUUUUUAUCGACAGGAAGUGUCAAAGAUACGGAGGGUUAAAUACUGUAUAAAUUAAUAAGUAAUAAAUAAUCACAUGAGUACAUUUAAUAAAAUAUAUAAAUGAAACAAUGAUUUAUAAAGUAGUAAAAUCCUACUUUUAUUAACGUUAAACAUUUAAUUAUUGUUCUCAUAGAAACAGUUUUUAAUUUUCAUUUUUAAAACAUCAAAUAUUUAAAUGUCAACUCGGACUGCUGUAAAAACCUGAACAGUGUUUUUAUUCCAAAGAGAAAGAAACAGUCAGUAAUAAUUAAAAUGUUGUAUAAUAGAUUAAUCAUUAUUAUACAUACUUUCACAAAUUGUUGGUUCAUUUAUAUAUUUAAAGUUUAUUCAUGUGAUUAUUUCUGUUUUUUUUUUUUAAUAUCGACGCUUUGGGCUUCCAUACAGUCGAGCUGAAGGACACUAAAAACAUUUAAAUGAGAUCAAUCGACUCGAUCGGCUCCUUCCAUCGAUCGGUCGUCUUUGAGAUCUUUGAGAAUCAUGUCUGCUGCCGCCGAGGAUCAUGGGUAAUGUAG